AUGGAUGAAAAACUAACAAAAGUUUAUUAUGCUCGUUCCAGAUCCUUCUGGAAUUAUCCUCCUUUGAAAUCUGCAACCAGAAAGUACAAUUACUUGACGCCUAAAAAAAGACUUAAAGUGCAGAAAGUGAGAGAAGUAGUUGAUGAUGAUCCCUUUGCCUAUCCUCAAAGUUACAGUCCAACCUCACCAGUCCGCAGGAGGGAAGGAUAUAACCAGGAUAUGGAAAACAUUGAGCCUAUGGACUGCACUCUGCCUUUGCAGUACACUGAUACUAUUGACAACAGCCAGACUUUCCAGUACACUGAUACAGUCGACCUCAGCCAGAAUGACCAGAACACUGAUGUUAUCGACCUCGACCAGACUGUCCAGUACACCGAUACAAUCGACCUCAGCCAGACUCUCCAGAACACUGAUGUUAUCGACCUCGACCAGACUGUCCAGUACACCGAUACAACCGACCUCAGCCAGACUCUCCAGAACACUGAUGUUAUUGACCUCGACCAGACUGUCCAGUACACCGAUACAAUCGACCUCAGCCAGACUCUCCAGAACACUGAUGUUAUCGACCUCGACCAGACUAUCCAGUACACCGAUACAAUCGACCUCAGCCAGACUCUUCAGAACACUGAUACUAUUGACCUCAGCCAGACUCUCCAGAACACUGAUACUGUCAAUAACGCCCAGCCUUUGCAGUACACCAAUACUGUCAACAACACCAUGGGUAUCCAAAACACUGAGAACAAUGAUGUUUUCCAUUCGGAGAAUUCCCAGGAAGCAGUAUUAGUCAGAUCUUCACCAGAGAGGGACUAUCAAGAAACUCCACCAAGUCCUACAUAUACUACCCAAAGCUAUGAGCAGUAUUACAGACUCAGAAAUGUACCUGGCUCUUCUACGAUGCCCUUCUACAGGAAGCAAGUACACUCCCUCCAGGGGAACUCAUCCCCAUACGGAAUCCUGAAAUGA